AUGCGAGUAUGUAACGGUAAUGUCCACAGUCUCAAUAAUCCGCGGAUUGUUCUGCUACCACUGCCCGCGAAGUUUCCCACCAACAUCGUUUGCCUACCCUCGAGUACCUCUUCAUGGCGUCGCACCCAUGUGGGUUACGUUACAUUGCCCCAACGAUAUCUGAACCAAUCCUGGGUUCUUAGUAGGCGAGCCUUGAAACCGGUGUAUCUGAUCUCAUCACAAAGGUCGUCAGAUGAGUUGGAAGAGUUGGAGACGGCGUUUGCGCAGACACACUACCCCGACGUCUUCACUCGCGAGGACUUAGCAUUGAAGAUCAAUCUGACUGAAGCGAGGGUACAAGUUUGGUUCCAAAACCGACGUGCGAAAUGGCGGAAGGCGGAAAGAUUAAAAGAGGAGCAGAGAAAGAGGGAGGGCACAGAGGUCCUCACUAAAAGGGACCCUGGCGAUGAUAAGGGUUCUUCCGAGUGCGGCAUGUCUCGCGGGUCUGGUGAGGCGUCUCCCGUCUCAGCGACCGCUACCUCCCCUCGCGCCUCCCCUCCAGUCACUCCCGGUUCGCCCAGGAGAUCGCCGCUGAGAUCUCCCCGCCGGUCGCCCACCAGGUCGCCCAGAAACGAGAGCUCGGGCGCGUUCCGCUCGUCGCCAGGCUCGAGCGAGCCGCCGCCCGGCCCGCCGCCGCCGCUGUUCCUGCCGCCGCACCUUUCGCAUCUCUCGCAACACCUCAACCAUCUGUCGCAACCCUUCUUCCCACUGAAAGGUUGGGGUGCGCCAUGUCCGUGCUGUCCCAAGGAAGAAGCGCGGUCCUCCAGCGUGGCAGAACUAAGGCGUAAGGCACAUGAGCACUCUGCGGCGCUCCUACAUUCGCUAGCAAGCUUCCAGUCGCGCGCGCUGCUGCCGUUGCCACUGCAUCUGCCACCGCUGCCGCUGUCACUUCUACCGCACGACUCCCAACCAGCGCCAGCGCCUCCAGACCCGCCGAAACAUCUCGAAUAAAUGACGUCUCAAUAGUUUUUUGUGUAAAAUAAACAUAACUGUGUGGAAAUUCCAUCUGGCAACAAUGCAUACAAAGAGCGGAACUAAGGACAUUCCAGUCGGGCGCGUUACUGCCGCCGCCACUUCAUCUGCCACCGCUGCCGCUGUCACUUCUACCGCACGACUCCCAACCAGCGCCAGCGCCUCCAGACCCGCCGAAACAUCUCGAAUAAAUGACGUCUCAAUAGUUUUUUGUGUAAAAUAAACAUAACUGUGUGGAAAUUCCAUCUGGCAACAAUGCAUACAAAGAGCGGAACUAAGGACAUUCCAGUCGGGCGCGUUACUGCCGCCGCCACUUCAUCUGCCACUGCUGCCGCUGUCACUUCUACCGCACGACUCCCAACCAGCGUCGGCACUUCAAGACCCGCCGAAAUAUCUCGAAUAAAUGACGACUCCAUAGUUUUUGUGUAAAAUAAACCCAACUGUGUGGAAAUUCCAUCUGACAACAAUGCAUACAAAGAGCGGAACUAAGGACAUUCCAGUCGGGCGCGUUACUGCCGCCGCCACUUCAUCUGCCACUGCUGCCGCUGUCACUUCUACCGCACGACUCCCAACCAGCGCCGGCACCUCCAGACCCGCUGAAACAUCUUGAAUAAAUGACGACUCCAUAGUUUUAGUGUAAAAUAAUCCCAACUGUGUGGAAAUUCCAUAUGGUAACAAUGCAUACAAAGAGCAGAACUAACGAACUUCCAGUCGCGCGGUUUACUGCCGCCGCCACUACAUCUGCCACUGCUGCCGCUGUCAGUUCUACCACACGACUCACAACCAGCGCCGACACCUGCAGACCUGCCGAAAAAUCUUGAAUAAUGACGACUUCCCAGUUUCAUAUUCUCAACGUUACUAUUUGUGUAAAAUAAACCCAUCUGCAUGGCAAUGCCAUCUUGGUAACAACUCGUACAAAGAGCAGAAUUAAGUAGCUUCUAGUCGCGUGUGCUGCUGCCUAUGUAAUUAUUACUGCACGACUCUCAAUUAGUCCCACACUCCGAAACACCUGGAAUAAAUGACAACCUCGUAACUUAUUGUUGCAUUCUUCAACCAAUGAGAAACAAAUCUGUGUGGAAAUGCUAUGGGCUUAUUUUGCAUUACAAGGAGCAGUACCCUUAGCACGAACCAAUAUCGAAUUCGUAACGUUUGCGAGUUCGAAUUGUCAUUGUCAAAUGUGUACUGAUGUUUAGUUCUUGUUACGUACUUUGUGGCGGUGCUGUUCAAGUUUCCAUACAAAAUUUGACAUUGACAUUUCGAACUCGCAAACGUUACGAAUUCGAUAAUGGUUCGUGCUAGGGGUACAGUACCGCUAUUCUACUAUUCGGACAGUUUGCGAGUGCGAAAUUUCAAUGUGAAAUUUUGUAUGAAAACUUGAACAGCAGCGCCACAAAGUACGUAACGAGAACAUUAAAAUUAAUACACAUUUGACAAUGACAUUUCGGACUCGCAAACGAUACGAAUUCGAUAUUGGUUCGUGCUAGGGGUACUGUACUAAGGCAUAAGGCACACGCAACUACCGUAUUGGCGCUCAAUUUCCAUUGUUCAUGCGCCGGUAGUCCUACCUUUUCAUCUCGAUUACAUAAUGACUUCAUAAUUUAUUGAUCUCUAAUUUAAUACUUUUUUUAGGUAGUAUGGUAUAAAAUACUUCGUUUUGUAUUAACUUAAACAACUGCUCCGAAAAUGCUUUUUAGGAAUGUUGAGUGUGACAUGUGACGAAGUAAAUUUCAAAAUUGAACAAUAUAAUAGCCCUAUAUGAUAAAUACAACCAGUUGUUUUAGAUUUUAAAUAAUUUUCAAUAACAAAUAUUUUUAUAGAUAAUUGGUAUGAAGUCAUAUUCCAUAUUUAUUACACAGAAUCUCGUUGAAGUCUUUUCUUCAAAUAUUAUACCAGCAGAAUACCAGUUCUUAAAUAUUUUUAACCUAAUAAGUGAAUUCGUAUGUGCCAUUAAUGAUUUGUGCCAAUUUAUCGUGCCAUAUUUAUUUUUAUUAAACCUUAGUCUUAGUUUUAUUUGUUUAGAACAUAGUUAAGUAUUUCCAAUCAACCUAGGCAUUGAUACUUUACUGUGAUCUGCAAAAUAAAGUUUUAAUAUUGAUGAUUUUUACGAAGAUGAAAGGCAAAAUUUUAUGUUGAUAAAUUUAAAGAAUGAGAGGUAUUUCAAUGUGCAGUUAACUGAUGCAUUAUAUUAUUAAAAGAGUUAUUUGUAAAUAGUUAAUUUAACCAAUGCACUGUUUGACCAAAACUGUUGUGAAUAUUUCCAAUCUAAUAAGUGUCAUUUAGUUAAUAAAUAAAUAAUGUAUAUACUGAAUUGAUUGUAUGAAAAUUCACAGUAUUAUUCAUAGCAAAUUGGUGUUCGUAAGAUGUCUGUAGUACUAUUAUAAUUAUUGUAUAUAAAACGUGGUUUUUAACAUUUAAUAAAAAGAGGCAUUAAUAUCGUUGCAAACAACAAUUUUAAUUUAGUUUUCUACUCGUGUACAGACUAUCAAGUAUCACAAUACUUAGUUACUGCUAAGCAAAUCUAAGUUUUUAUGUGCUUAAAAAAUUAAUUGAUAAUAAUUUUAUUUAAGUGUUAUUUUUUAUCUGGUAUUCACAGUUGAAUUGUCCUCAGACAGAGAUGAUGACAGGGUGCAAUUUUGUCAGUCAGUUAGAUUACAACACGUAUUUUCACUUUUGUUAGUCAAUUCAAAAAUUACUAAGAUAUAGCGCGUCAAAUUUUGAGUCGGUGCUCGUGACGUCACUUCUCAGUAAAAAUUUUGCCAAGACGUGCCGUCAUGUGACAUUUUAAAUCAAUAUAUGAGGAGCUGGCGAACAAAACGGUAUAAUUAUAUAAAAAUAUAUUUUUUACAGGAGCUGUGUAAAACUAAAUGACAGGGAUGAUGACGGGAUGCAAUUUAGUCCGUCAGUUAGAUUACAACACGUAUUUUCACUUUUGUCAGUCAACCCAAAAUUAGUAAAAAAAAAACAAAAACCAAACCAACUCCAGCGAACUUUUGAGAUGGUUUUUAAUAUAUAAAUUUAGUAAUUUUAACACUGUUUUAGGCGGUUUUCAUUGAAAAUUAAUUGAGAUUCAAAUUCAACGCGGCCGAAUCCUCCAGACUAGAUGCAUAAUUAUACCGUUUUCUUCGCCAGUUUCUCAUAUAUCGGCAAUGUUUUGCUUUUGUGAAAAAAAAUACAGGUGUCCAAUACUUUAUGAUAAUCUUUUUGAUAGACGAAUAAAAAAAAGGUAAUCGUCUCUAACCACAAUUAAUAUUUUAUCAUGGAUUAAAUGGUGUGUUGUCCUCUUUUGCAAUGAAAAUUAAAGCAUAAUCCUAAAUCAAACUUAAAAGUUAAAUCACAUCUCUGAGUCUAAGCAUUUUUUUAAUUAUUUAAUUUGUUUUCCCUCAUCAACAAUCAGGACACCUUCGCACAUUUACCCCUCAAAUGAUUUCAGAAGACUACAUCAAAUGUAUGCUUUGUCAAUUUGUAACCCAUUUGGAAUCAUACUUGUGUAAAUUAUAACGACUUAUGUAUUUUAAUAUAAAUAAGAAUAAAUCACUUAAAAUGUAUUAAGCUAUAUGAUGAAAAAAUAAGUAUUGUUUUGCAGAGAAAAAGUAUAUUAGUUGGAUAUUUAGUCAGAAAUUUCAAAAUAUUUAUCUACCUGCAUAAUGAUACCUUUUUGUGUCUGAGAAAUGUCCUCUUCAUCCAGACGAUACCCUUGCACCGGUCACCAGCCAGCCUAUUCUCCAACUUUUCUGACAUUUACAGUUUGUAACUAAAGAGAAAAUUGCAUAUCCAUAGAUGCUUUUCAGAUCAAGUAUCUUAGUGCCGUUAUAAUAAAGCAGUAGUGGAUCACUAAAUAGCACGGUGAUUAUUGCUACCAUCUGUCAAAAGCAGUUAGCGAAUAGGCCCACUGGUAUACACUUCACGGACUAAGGGCCCCAGGUGCGAAUGUGAUCGUGGGGCACCCAGUUAAGACUGGCAAUGCUUGCCCAGUUAAGAUUGUCCCACUCCGAUGAAGAUACCCUGGGGUAAAAGGGGCAUCAAGAUCCAGAUAGCUUGUGCAAUGCCAGCGUGCACCCUGUGUGGGGCACCACACCAAGGUAGACUCGCGGUACUCGCGUGAAGUGGGAGGGAGAGCGGUGUUCUCUCCCUUCCACUCCCGCCCCCUAAUGAUUGCACCACAGAACACAGAAAGAGGUUAGAAGGGUGAUCAUAAACUGCUUGUAUGCGAACCGAUGUCGCCGUCUGCCCCCCACUACUUGGUAGACAUUUAGUAGACAAUAGCCAAUCAAACGACGCGACAACAAACAAUCGCACCAAUCAGCGCUCACACCCGAGAGCAACGGUGCAAUCAGAACAAAGUUUUGGUCAAUUUAACAGUAUUUGCUCACACAUUAAUGUGGCGCGCCUGCCCCGUCCACAAUGCCGUUUUAACUUUUUUCUGUGUUCUGUGAAUUGCUCCGAAUGAGCCAUCUAGCGAAGUUAUAGCAAAAAUACAUUUUAUAUCCAAUUACAGUAAAUAAUAUAAAGAAAUAUGAACCUGUACAGUUAUGUUACUUACACGCCGCGCCUGUAUAUAAGUGUGACAGAUAGAGGUAUAUAACCACUGCACCAUGCACGAAACGUGGAAUUGUAGGCGUGGGCGCAAUGUAAAGUAUUAUAAAUAAAUAGAUGUAAUGUAACUUAAUGCAAUACGUACCUUAGUUACACGUGGUUAGUUGUUUUAAUUAUUAUGAAAUAAAAACAAUAUGUAUGUAACACUGAGA